AAAAAAAAAAAAAAAAAAAAAAAAAAAAAAAAAAAAAAAAACUGUCGGCGUGGUUAAAGAGCCUUGUUAUAUUAGUCCAGCGAGAUCUCAGGUCAACUUUUGUUUUCUUUUUUUGUUGCUGGAAACCGGUCCAAAUCACGCCCCCGCGCCAUUCUCAGAGAAUAAGGCAUCGUAUUUCGGAAGCACUCGGAUGGCCAGCCAACAUAGUCAGUGGCAGCUUGACUCUGGAGGCUAACAGCCGCACACCACUCUCGUUUUCGCCCAUAUAUCCAGCCUUGAACUCUAUGUCGACUUCGGGAAUGGCUGCCUCUACCUUUGAACAUGCGCCGCUCGCCCCUCAUCUGUCGCCUGGCAUACAUCCUGUGGCCAUGUCUCGCCCGCAGGUAGGCAUCGAGAGGCUACCGACACGGCGGAUGAGCAACGAGCCUCGAGAAUCCAUGAACUGCAAGUCGUGCCGCAAACGAAAGAUCAAGUGCAACCGUCUCCGGCCAUCUUGCGAGGCUUGCCAGGUUUUCCAAUGUCCCUGUGUGUAUGAUGCCGUGCCCAAGAAAAGGGGCCCAAAAACAGAUGUACUGGAGGCCCUCGUGAAGAGGAUUGACGGGCUGGAGCAGCAACUCAAAGACAAAAAGACCACAGAUACUUCAGGGUCAGAAGUGGCGACGGGUAUUGGAAACACGAGAACGGCAAGCAACGCAAGUCUAGCCCCAGAUGUCGAUCAAGUGUCACCGAGUGCUUCUGCUGGGCCUCCAGCUGGCAGCGUGGCAGACGACGACCUGAAAUCAAGAAUCGAUCCAGCUCUCACAAACAGAUCGGCCCAAGUCUCCGAGUCGGCCAUAUACUCACCGUCUCCCGGAAGUGAGCCAUCUUCCAUGUCCAUAACGGUUCCAACCGACGCAUUACUGGACACGUACUUUAGUCGUUUUCACGGAAAGCCGUAUCACAUCCUCGACGAGACGGUAAUCAGACAGAGGAUACAAGCACACCAAAUACCAUCAUUCUUGGCGCAUGCUAUUUAUGCCGUUUCAGCAAGAUAUAUACCACAUCCCAGCGGCUAUCAGUCUGCAGUACAGCUCAGCGAAGAUUAUGCAAUCCGAGCGAGAUCCGAGAUAGAUACCGACGAACCGUCAGUCGACGCUCUACAGUCGCUUCUUCUUUUGGUCACAGCCUUUACCGCUAUGGGGAAGGGGAGGAAGGCCUACAUGCUCCUUACUAGCGCGGUAGGCAUGGCCGUGGCCCUGGAGCUCCAUCGAGAAGUCGACCCGAACGCACGAAUAUCACCAGCCGAGCGCGAAAUGCGCAGGCGACUCUUCUGGAGUUGCUUUCUCCUCGACAGAUUCAUGGCGUGUGGCUCGAAGCGCCCGUCACUCAUCUCCAACCGAACCAUAAUCGUUCGUCUCCCUUCCUGGUCACCAGGUCCGCAGUCAUUGCCAGUCGAGGGGGAGUUUUUCGUCAGCGGCUCGAACCUACACUACUUCCAAGGGAGUGGUAAGAAAUCUCAGGGCAGCAGCGGAAUGUUGAUCGACAUAAGCCGGAUACUGGGCAUAACCAACCGAUACCUCGCCGCGGGAGGGGUCAAGGGAGAUUCUCACUUUCCUUGGCAUUCUCUAUCGAACCUGUCCAAGAUCCGACAAGACUUGGAUAUAUGGGCCUCGGGGACCGAAGAUGUGUUUUCUAGCCUCGACAAACUUUUCGGCCAACCGGACUCGACCGUGCUGGUCCUGAGCAAACUGAUUUACCACCUGAUACACUGCCUUAUCUACAGGCCCUUUCUCCCCAUCGAUCUCGGCGAGCUCGCCGGGGCUGGGCAGCACCAGUCAUGGCAGAUCGAAGCGACUAACAUGUGCUUCUUGCACGCAAACGCCAUAGCGGAGCUCGUGGAGCUCGGGAAGCAGACGGCGACCAUCGAGUGGCCGGCAUUUGUUGGGUACUGCAUCUGCACGGCAGGGACGGUCCACGUACAUGGGGCCUUUUACAAUAAGAACCGGUUCGCCAGUGGCGAGAUGGGCGGCGUCUUGGCCUCCUCGACCGACUUUCUCUCGCGGGAGAUGCAGCAGCUGAGCGAGUUGAGAUAUGCGUGGGCGAGCGUGCAGCACCAGCGGGAAACACUCCAGGGGAUCUACGGCGCGCACGCUGAGCUGGUGAAAAGUCAUGCCAGCAACCCCAUGCGCUCCGCGCCCGUCUUCCAACUGGAGGACUUUUUUGACCGUUAUUCAAACAUUGGCGGACCGGGCGGUCAGUCUUUUUAUUUCGACUCGGCCAACAUCAGCUUGUCGGAUGUCGUGGUUGACUACACCACGGACGUCUAUACGGGCCACGACCUAUACGCACCCAGGUCUAGCAUUGGUGUAGAGGCGAUGGGUGGGGGAAACGCUAGUGAUCGGCCAAGCCUCAAGCGCAAGAAGACGGCACCCCACGGCAACAUGAAGGCUCCUGACCUCCGGCUGCAGUCCAUAUCGACCAACAUGCCUGUGCCACAUACGCCGCACGGCCUCCCGACGCCCUCGCACCACAGGCAUUCGUUUUCGUUCCAGCCGCCUCAGGGUUCCCCGGUCCUUUUACAUUCUCCUGCGAUGCAUCACCAUCCUGCUUCAGGUACUACUGAAGCACCAUCUUCACAUCCGACCGGCGCAGGGGCAAGAGGAAUUGGGGCCAUGGGUGAGAUGCACACGCCUGCAGGGCAUCACCUGCAGUCACAUCAGGGCGGCGGCGGGGGCGGGAUUAACAGCUUUAGCCCCACUAUCAACUACUCCCCACUACCGGGGCAGGGCGGUGGCGGCAGUCGAGAGACGCCGACUCAGCAGCAGCAGCAGCAGCUGGGGUCAACCGCUACACCAGGGAACACAGGGCCUUCUUCGUACGACCCCAUGUUCGGCACACUCCCCACGAACGCCUUUAGCAGCCCCGCACCUGGACCGUGGCACCACCACGCGCCCGGAGGGGAAAAUGACGUGACCGCCCCGGCUGCGGCGGCGGCGGCGGCGGGAAAGACGCUGGCGCACAGCCCCGGGGCGGGGAGCAACGCCAACGAGGGUGGUGCGGAGGAGAAGGAUCCGUUCCUGAGCCUGCUGGAGCAGCUUGCCGAGAAUGAGCAGGCCAUGGGUUCGGGAGGAGAACUUGAUUUUUUCUUGGGGAUGAGCCAGCGUUGA